GUCGUUGGAAUAAACAAGUUUCAGGCGUCAUUGACAAAGGACUUACUUAAGAGGAUCUACAGUCGAAUAUGAACGACUAUGGAGUGUCUGUGCAGCAGCUCAAUGACCUUCUGUCAGACGAAAAUGGCCACUUCAGCAUGCCAUCUAAAGAUUUCAAUGAAGUCUGUCCCAGGAUUCUGCUUGGAAAUGAGUCUGUGGCCACAAAUGUGAAACUCUUGAAGCAACUGAAAGUGACCCACAUUCUUAAUGUUGCUGAAGGAGACUCAUACAUGCAUGUGAAUACAGGGGCAGAAUAUUAUGUGGGUACGGGCAUUAUCUACCACGGUAUACCAGCCAAUGAUGUGGAACAUUUUGAUCUCAGUGUAUACUUUAAAGAGGGUGCAGACUUCAUAGCACAGGCCUUGGAAUCUAAAGGAGACAGAGGCAGGGUGUAUGUGCACUGCCAGAAGGGGUACAGUCGUUCAGCAGCAGUUGUCAUCGCUUACCUGAUGUUGAGACACAAACUGGAUGUACGAACCGCUUUAGCUACAGUGAGAGAGAAAAGAGAGAUCGGGCCUAAUGAUGGUUUUCUGUACCAGCUCUGUCAGCUCAAUGACACACUGGAAAUGGAGGGCAAGUUAUAAAGCAGAGAAGGUCAAACAUUUUCAAGGAGAUCAGGAUCCACAACACUUCUGGCUUUCAGAACCUCUGAAGAGAAAAGUGAGCAACAAGUGAUCUAGGUGCCAUGAUUGUUCUGAGCUUCUCACAAUGAUUAACACUCUAAAAGCCUAAAACAGUCCAAGUUUCUCAUUGAAGAAAAGACAGCAAAAACACAUUUCAUUGUUUUUGUUAAAGGAAAAGGAGCGGAAAAAAAUUGCAAAGACCUUUUUUUAUCAGGUCUUCACUAUUUUGUAUUUAUGUCUUGCCAUCACUUGCCAUCUAGCAUGGAAUCAUCAUGAAGAACUAUGAUAUGACAUGAUGCUUAGAAGUUAUGAGCAGUUUUAUUAAUGUGCGAAUUAUAGCGACCACUGGGUUGAAUUUAGAGAAAACCUCUUGGAACCUUAUGGACGUCGU